AUGAUUCGAAAACUAUACUCUGGACUGGAUAUCAGACAUGCAAAGUCGUCUAAAGCUCCAAUCAGCUCAACUCCAAGAUCCAAGACAAAUCUCUUGGCGUAUGGACAUGCACCAUAUGUGAAAAUUUAUAGGCAUCGGCGUUGCGGACUCCGAGUCCCGGGAUUUGAUGCCCCGAAGCCCGUCUUCGUUCGGAGCUCCGACGCCGACGUUAUGGUCAUUGUAGACUGA